GCGCUGACCCAGGGGCUGUGGAGGGGUCUGUCUCCGGCGCUGUCGAUCCCCGGCCGCUGCUUCCCAGGCUGCCGCGGGCGCUCUCGCAGGGCCACCCGCUUCUGCAGCCGAGUGGCCGUCCGGAGCCAGGUCUUCAGGCUUGGACGCCGAGCUGCGACGGUGCAGCCAUGGACUUCUCCAAGUUCCUGGCGGAAGACUUCGACGUGAAGGAGUGGAUCAAUGCGGCCUUCAGGGCUGGCCCCAAGGAGGCGGCGGCCGGGAAGGCGGACAGCCACGCAGCCACCCUGGUGAUGAAGCUGCAGCUGUUCAUCCAAGAGGUGAACCACGCCGUGGAGGAAACAAGUCACCAGGCCCUCCAGAACAUGCCCAAAGUGCUCCGUGAUGUCGAAGCCCUUAAACAGGAGGCGUCUUUUCUGAAAGAACAAAUGAUUCUUGUCAAGGAGGACAUUAAAAAGUUUGAACAGGACACAUCUCAAUCGAUGCAGGUGUUGGUAGAAAUCGACCAGGUCAAGUCCAGAAUGCAGCUUGCUGCAGAAUCUCUUCAAGAAGCUGACAAAUGGAGCACGUUGAGUGCUGAUAUCGAGGAAACUUUUAAGACUCAGGACAUAGCUGUGAUUUCAGCCAAGCUCACAGGUAUGCAGAACAGCCUAAUGAUGCUCGUUGAUACACCAGACUACUCAGAAAAAUGUGUUCACUUGGAGGCGUUGAAGAACCGGCUGGAGGCCUUGGCCAGCCCCCAGAUUGUAGCAGCAUUCACAUCUCAGUCUAUAGAUCAGUCCAAAAUGUUUGUGAAGGUUUUUAGUGAAAUUGACCGGAUGCCCCAACUUCUUGCAUACUACUACAAGUGCCACAAGGUGCAGCUUUUAGCGGCCUGGCAGGAGCUGUGCCAAACCGACCUGCCCCUGGACCGGCAGCUCGCUGGACUCUACGACGCCUUGCUCGGUGCUUGGCACACACAAAUCCAGUGGGCUUCGCAGGUCUUCAAGAACCCCCACGACGUAGUAACUGUUCUGCUGAUUCAGACCCUGGGGGCCUUGGUGCCCUCUCUACCCGUGUGCCUCAGUUCCGGCGUGGAGCGGGCAGGACCUGAGCUGGAGCUCGUCAAGCUGCUGGAGUUCUACGACGCCACCGCCCACUUUGCCAAGGGGUUGGAGAUGGCCCUGCUCCCCCACGCACAUGAGCAAAACCUGGUGAAAGUCAUGGAGCUGGUGGAUGCUGUGUAUGGUCCAUACAAGCCCUACCAGCUGAAGUAUGGCGACAUGGAAGAGAAGUACCUCCUCAUCCAGUUCAGCGAGGUGCCUCUGGAGCACGGGGAAGUCAUUGACUGUGUGCAGGAGCUGAGCCACUCUGUGAACAAGCUCUUUGGCCUGUCUUCUGCAGCCGUUGACAGAUGCAUCAGAUUCACCAGUGGCCUGGGGACCUGUGGUCUGCUGACAGCCCUGAAGUCUCUCUUUGCCAAGUAUGUGUCUGACUUCACUAGUACUCUUCACUCAAUACGAAAGAAGCACAGACUGGAUGAUACUCCUCUCAACUCUCUUUUUCAAGAAGAUUGGACGGCUUUUCAGAAUUCCAUUAGGAUAAUAGCCACCUGUGGAGAGCUCUUAAGGCAAUGUGGGGACUUUGAGCAGCAGCUGGCAAACAGGAUUUUGUCCACAGCUGGGAAGUAUCUCUCUGACUCCUUCAGCCCUCGGAGCCUGACCGGUUUUCAAGAUAGCAUCUUGACAGACAAGAAGAGCUCUGCCAAGAACCCAUGGCAAGAAUAUAAUUACCUCCAGAAAGAUAGCCCUGCUGAAUAUGGCAGUUUAAUGGAAAUACUUUAUACCCUCAAGGAAAAAGGGUCGAGUAACCACCACCUGCUGUCCGCGUCGCGAUCGGCUCUGACUCGGCUUAACCAGCAGGCCCACCAGCUGGCUUUCGAUUCGGUCUUCCUGCGCAUCAAACAGCAGCUGCUCCUCAUUCCCAAGAUGGAUAGCUGGAACACUGCUGGCAUUGGAGAAACCCUGACCGAUGACCUGCCCACCUUCAGUCUCACCCCGCUCGAGUACAUCAGCAACAUCGGGCAGUAUAUCAUGUCCCUCCCCCUGAACCUGGAGCCGUUUGUGACUCAGGAGGACUCAGCCUUAGAGCUGGCCUUGCAUGCCGGGAAGCUGCCAUUUCCUCCUGAGCAAGGGGAUGAGCUGCCCGAGCUGGACAACAUGGCUGACAACUGGCUGGGCUCCAUCGCCAGAGCCACGAUGCAGACCUACUGUGAUGCCAUCCUGCAGAUUCCUGAGCUCACCCCACACUCCACCAAGCAGCUGGCCACUGACAUCGACUACCUGAUCAACGUGAUGGACGCCCUGGGCCUGCAGCCGUCUCGCACCCUCCAGAACAUCGUGAUGCUCUUAAAGGCCAAGCCCGAGGACUACAGACAGGUCAGCAAAGGCCUGCCCCGUCGCCUUGCCACCACAGUGGCCGCCAUGCGGAGUGUGGACUACUGACCCCCAUGCCCCUGCUGACAAGAGUGUCGGGGCCACAGAACUCUCCAGAAUGGUCUUGCUCUAAAAAUCCACCUGGGAUUGGCCAGAACUUGUUUUGAAAGGACUUGGUUCAUUUGUAUAAUCAAAAAGAAGCCUGUAAAUUAGAGGUAAAUUAUUUAUUAGGAAUUUUCAGAAAAUUUUUAAAAAUGAUUCCAUCUUGAAAGUGCAAUUAAUAAAUACCAUGAAAUGAAAGAAA